AUGUCAUCCAGCAAGCCGUUGACUCUUUCGAGCUCAGAUGGAGAGGAAAUCUUAGUCGAUCGUGAGGUCGCUGAGAGAUCCAUCCUGAUCAAGAACAUGGUUGGCGAUCUCGGAGAAGAGGCCAUGGAAGAACCCAUUCCCAUUCCCAACGUCAACGCUGCCGUCCUCAAGAAAGUCAUCGAAUGGUGCAUUCAUCACAAGCACGACCCACCUUCUGCGAACGAAGACGAUUCGGACUCGCGCAAAAAAUCUACCGACAUCGAGGAAUGGGACCAAAAGUUCAUGCAAGUUGAUCAAGAGAUGCUUUUCGAAAUCAUUCUGGCCGCCAACUACCUCGAUAUCAAGGCUCUGUUGGACGUCGGAUGCAAGACUGUCGCCAACAUGAUCAAGGGCAAAUCGCCAGAGGAGAUUCGCAAGACGUUCAAUAUCCAGAAUGAUUUCACUCCUGAGGAGGAAGAUCAGAUCCGUCGCGAAAACGAAUGGGCCGAGGAGUAA